AGGACAAAAAGAGGAGAUUCCUCCUCCUGGCAGUCUUUCUCUGCCUUGAAUGACAGAAGGGACUGCCGAGGCUCCUUCCCCGCCCGAGUUGGGACACAAUGGAGCUUUUCAGGCUGAGUCUGAGUUGCAUUUGCCUCCUGCCUUGGCUUGACGUAGCAGAGGGAAAAGGCUUCCUCAUCAGGAACACCCGGCUGGAAAAAUGCAUCCGUGUGUCCCAUCACGAGGCUGACGGCAUCGGUCUGGCUGAGUGCAUGCCGCACUCCCAGCAGCAGCAGUGGAGCUGGGACCCAGCCAGCGGGACCAUCACCAGCCUGCAGACCAACCAGUGCCUGUCAGCCCACAAGACACGGGAGUACGGCCUGGCCAAGAUGGAGCCCUGUGGGAACAGGGACCGCCAAGUGUGGGCAUGCAGCAAGAAGGGGCACUUGACUCUGCAAAGCUUGGGCUUCCACCUCAGCGCCAAGGAUGGAGGCCACAAGGUCUUUGUCUCAAGGGAGAAGGACAAAUUCAGCAGGUGGAAGACUUUGGAGGAUGAAACCAUCUGUGCUGCUGCCCGGAGAGCCACUCUGAGACCCGCUGAAUCAAUGCGAGGAGUUGUAGACACACGGGUGUGGAUAUAUGAAAGUAAAACCAUCGAUACAUCAAAGUCUGAUGUUAUGGAGAGGGAAUCUUCUGUGGGCUUGACUGACCCACCUCUGGUGAAUAAAUUGAACAGCACAGUGGUUCCUGUGAAGACCAAACAGGCAUACCUCCCAGAACACGAGGAUGUGUUGUACAAUCACUCUAAAAAGCAUCAUGGGAAUCGAGGGAAAGUCACUGGGGCGAGGCUUGCAGGCACCAACUGGAAGACGGCAAUGCUAGUCCUCAGCCCCUUGGCAUUCAUACUGGGAUUAAUAAUACUGACACUCAAUGUUCAUUACAACAAGAAGAAGAAAAUCCUUUCUGCGCUGAAGAACCCCCCAGCCAGCAGCAGCAGAGCUGACUUACAGGAGACGUCUCCCUUACAAAGAUGCCCCCAGCCAUACCUCCCACCAUCUCGUUCCCCUUCCUUGCGGCAUGGAGAAAUACUCAUUGAGUGGAAAGAUGGAACCGUCACUCCUCUUUUCGAUAAUGCCAACUAUCAGGUGGACUAGCACUGAAAUAACACAGCUGCUGUUCCACUGCUUGUCACUCUUCACCAUUCUCACCAAGAAGAAAGCCUCCACAGUGAACCUCCUCCCAGCCAUUACCAUUUUGUUUGGGAGUUGUGAGAGCUGGGCUUUUUUCCCCUUCUUUUUGUUUAAACACUUGAGAACAAUAAAUCACCCUAUGCAGCACAAGGUUGAAGCAAGUAGAGAAUACUCUAGUUUAGGCACCCAGUGCCUAAAUGCUUGGCUUUUCUAGGUAACAAAGCCCAAAUAUAGCAAAAUGAAGCUGACAUCACCAGCUUCAACCAUCUAUUGUCCUGAAUUUCUACUUAGUGAGCAUAUGAGAAAGUAAAUCCUUAGAGACAAAGUAUAAUGUGAAAACACAAGAUCUGGUGAGCUUUAAAUGCUUUUUAAGUUUAAACUAGCUGCCAACAGACACAGAAGGCUGUCAAUUACUUUGUCAACGUGUGAACUUAACUAAUAAGUACUGUCUUUGGGACGCAAAGAUGAGUCUCUAGACUAUCUGCCAAAAUACUCCCCCCACUAAGCUAACGCAGCAAAUCAUUUUUCAAAGUUAAAAAAUUGCACUCCUUUCCUCUCUGCAUCCCUGCAGCAGUCCUGCUGAGUAUCUGUAUCUCAAAAUAUUUAUGUAUAUAAGACUCAUUGAACCUUAUUAUAAUACACAUCCUCUUCCUUUAUGUAGAAUGACAAUAUAAUGGUGCUGCUUCUUGGGGAUAUUAUCUGGCCACUUUAUACUAGUUUCAGUCUGAUUUCCUUUAGUCAUAUGGAAUAGUCAGUGAAUAGAUAUACCACUCCCAUCUAGAGCAGGAAUAGUUUUUCUUGUUAGUGUCUUGUGUUGUUUUUUUUUCCUAGAAAGAAGACAUUCUAAAGCUUCUGCACUUCCUGCAUAAUUAUCUGUGACCUGUCAUGCUCAAUUCUGAUCUUUACUCAGUCAAACUUGCAAUGCCUUAUUGUGUUCCUGAUAUUCAUCAGUUUAUGCCUUUCUUCUUGCUGAUCUUAUGAUGCUGUAUACUGUAAUCACAGCUUUAAAUCAGGAAAUAUCUGGAGAAAGAAAUACUAACACCAGCAAAUUACAAGUAUGAGCUGCAUCACUAUAUUUGUUCAGUAGCGCAAGAGAAACUUACCUCUUAAUUAAACAUUUCUCACUUUUUUCUAAGUGAAGAUA